AGCCCGGUCAUCGAAAGCAGCCGUCAGGCAAGAAGUUCGGACAUGGAGAUAAGGACUUCUGGUGCUCUUGUGGACAGCAUGGAGCUGGUGACGAUGCUGGCCGGGAGCAGGGAGCAGGCAUUGCUGCCUGCCAGGCAUGGUGCGGUGCCAGCAGCAAGCGGGGUCACGGAGCACGUCAGUCCCCCUGCCGGCGGUGGGGAUUUCACCCCGCCAGGAGCAGGGCCCCCAGACAGCCCGUCUGCCGGGACAGCAACCCAUCUGCCCACCCGCAGCCAUCCUCCUGCCCCUGGAAGCCAUCACCAUGCUGCGGGCAGCCAGGAGAGAGGCAAAAGGGCUCUGACUUCUCCCGGCACCCCUGCAGCUGCUGAGAGGACGCCGCAGAUUUUGGCAUCCAUCAGCACCGAUUCGGCCGAGAGGACGCUGGGCAGGCGCCGUGUGACCUGGGACGUGGCAGGGUUCAACAAUGUGACAAGGAUGGUGCUGCCGCCUUCCUCUGCGGAGACUCGUCCCCCAGGCACCGGCGGCCCCUCUCGACAGGCAAGCGGCUGGGCAGGCACGGAGCCAGACAGCAGCCCUCCUGUGGGCACCAUGGCCGCUUCACCCAGCCCCUCAGGGAGCAGUGAGGGGAUGCUGCAGCCCCUCCCCAGCACCCCCCUCCCUGGCUCUCCGGGACAGCCUCAGUCCUCCCCCCGAGCUUCCAGUACCCAGACUGGUGCAAACCGCAUGGCACUACACCUCAGGGAUGUCACAGGGGAUUCCACAAGCCCUUUGCUCACAGCAUUGCCUGCCACGGACAGUGCUUUCGGAGCUGCUGGGAGCAGCAGUGUGGCUGCAGAAAACCCGAGGUCCGGUAUCCGAAGGGCAGCACCCGGCUCCGCAGUUCAUCCCCCAGCCUCGGCGCCCUCCUUGGUGGCCCCAGCGUGGCGACGUUUCCUCAGGCCUUCCACGGAGCGCCGGCUUGCCCCUUCUCGCCCAGCUCCGGAAAGCACUGCCAGGGCCAUUGGAAGCAGCUACCAGCCAUCCGACGUCUCGGCCACAGAGAGGAGAGUUUCGGAUUUCCUCACCACCAGUACCUCCGUUUCCAUAACAGCCACCAAGGGUGGAGGGAGGACGUUAAGGUCUCUGCCAGCCAGCACCAGGCUGGCCGAUGCAGCAGAGAUUUCCACCGCUGGUACCGAAAUCACCAGCUCUUCAGACCGGACCUGGUCUCCUGGGAUGUCUUUGGGAGCCCAGGGUGGUGGCGGCAGAGGUGCCACAGACCCGCUGCUCACAGGCUCGCUGUCUGCUUCGGAAAGCGCUUCCACGACUUUUAGCAGCAAUUACGAACCCAAGAGCAUCCCAACUGCAGAAGAGGCGACGCUGCACUUGGACACCCAUGCUGCUGACAUGCCCAGCAUGGCAGUGGGGGCACCGGGAUCCCCCCCAAACGGUGGCACAGCCAGGGUGACAAGGGGCUCUGCCACCAGCACCGACCUCACCAGCUCUUUCCAGGGGACCUUCUCCUCGGGGGCUGGGACACACCAUCCUAAUGGCUCACAGGAAGCCACCGACCUCCCAGCACCUCCCGGGGAGCCUUUGCUCACAAGCACUCUCUCUGCCGCUGAAAGUACUUUCAGAGGUGUCAGAAGCAGCCACCGACCAGUUAACAGCUCAACGACAGAGAAACCCGCCCUUGCUUCCUCUCCCACCAGAGCUUUCAUUUCGGCCACGGCCACCGGCAGCGCAGCCCCAGGGUAG